AUGGAGGAAGAUACACUAUAUAACCAGCCUGUUGUCCUUGAUAAUGGAUCUGGAAAUAUCAAAGCCGGCUUUGCUGGCGAGGAAAAGCCUCGAGCUUAUGGACCCUCGAUGGUUGGACGCCCAAAGUACCAGAAAAUCAUGGCCGGCUCGCUGUUGUCGGCGAUUGAGGAGAACUUGUCACGCUACAAUAACUCCGAGGCGUACGUUGGAUCUGUGGCGCAGCAGAACCGUGGACUCUUGAAACUCAACUACCCGGUAGAACAUGGAGUGGUAAACAAUUGGGACGACAUGGAACGUAUCUGGCACCACACCUACUCCAAGGAGUUGAAAACAGCUCCCGAAGAGCACCCCCUCCUUAUCACCGAGGCUCCUAUGAAUCCUAGAGCAAACAGAGACCACAUGUGCCAGGUUCUCUUUGAAACUUUCAAUGUGCCGUGCGUAUACGUUUCUGUUCAAGCUGUACUCUCUCUAUAUGCUUCGGGGCGUACUACGGGUGUGGUGAUAGACAGCGGAGAUGGUGUGAGUCAUAUUGUGCCCGUUUACGACGGGUUCACAUUGCCUACCCUGAUCAAACGAAUGGACAUUGCUGGACGCGACAUCACCGACCAUCUAGCGUUCAACAUUCGGCGAAUGCUGGGAGUAGCACUUCUGCUGAGCUCAGAACUUGAUAUUGCACGCGCAAUUAAGGAAAAGUGCUGCUAUGUGUCCAAAGACCCAACCAGAGACGAGAAAAUGUACAGUGGAGUGUCGUAUUCGCAUUACAUGGCAGCGGGCAGCUCUGGAGGGGAUUCUGCGGGCAUGUUUUCGUCAUAUAAGCUUCCUGAUGGGCAUACGUUGACGCUUGGAGUGGAACAGUUCCGUGCUCCAGAGAUUUUGUUCAAUCCUCAACUCAUUGGUGACGAAUCUCCUGGUAUUCACGAGCUCACUUCGUUAGCCAUUUCCAAAACGGACUUGGACUUGCGUCCUACGCUCUAUCAGAACAUUAUCUUGUCUGGAGGUACCACACUCCUCCGAGGGUUUGGCGAUAGACUUUUGGCUGAGCUCAAGAACAAUCAGUAUGCAAACACACCAACAAUCUGGGGAUCUCGAGUAAGCACUGCGAAGGAAACUCGAAUGAAAAUCAAGAUAUAUGCUCCGCCAGAAAGGAAAUUUAGUACAUGGAUCGGAGGAUCCAUUUUAGCGGGACUCUCUACGUUUAGAAAGAUGUGGGUAACGUCAAAGGAGUAUGCUGAUGAUCCCGACAUCGUGCAUCGCAAAUGUAUGUAA